AUGGAUGGAGCUAGUGAGAUCAAAUUAGAACCAAGCGAUGCUAAACUGUCGAUAGAAGCAACUAUGUCAGAAGCGGACUCGGCAGACGUUCAGAAUACGGGUACAGGAUCGGCACCACGAGAAGUUGAAUUUACACCCCGUCCUGUCAACCAUCAAGCAUCUCCAAUUUUAGAGUUUACUUGUAAGUGGAGUGAAUGCAAUGACAAGGAGCACACUAAUCUCACCAGUCUAGUCAAUCAUGUCAACAAUACCCACAUUGGGCCUCCUACCACAGGACCUCAGCCUACGUCAUCAUCAUCAUCAUCAUCAUCCAAUCCGAAAAACAUUUGCAUGUGGGAAAAUUGUACACGCUUCGGGGCUGAACAACCAAGCAGAUUCUCACUAAUAUCACAUUGUCGAACACAUACUGGCGAAAAGCCAUUUUUCUGCCCUAUACCGGAAUGUGAGAAACAUUUCACAAGAUCAGAUGCCUUAACUAAGCAUGUAAAGGGAGUUCAUGAUUUACACAACAUAAAGGAUCAAUUAAGUUUGUUAAAGGAGAGUGCAAGGCGAGGACAAUUGGAUUUGGGCUUUAAUUUGGAGAGUUUAACCGAUGGGGAGUAUGCUAGGAUUAUUGAUGAUGAUUUUGAGUUAAAAAUGCCAUGGUGGUUUGAUAAUGAAUUCGUCAAGUUAUUGAAAAAAGUUAAUAGCAAGGACGGUGACACAUUCACAAUCGCCGAUGUGGAAAACCUCCCACUUAACACAAGACAAUAUCAGUUGAGUGACAUCAGAAUUAAACAAUUUUUAAAUUUGAAAUCAGAAGAAAAUGAACAAUUCAUCAACGAAAAUGACGUCAAUAACGAUAUUAUAAACAUAGCCAAGAAGCAGUACCGGUCAGAUCAUCUGGAACCUACUCCCGAAAUCAAUAGUAAAAAAAUACUACAAUUCUUAUCUCAAGAUUCAAAAGUUUUAGGAUUAAUGUACAAAACACAGGACCACAUAUUAGAUGAAGCUGAAAAUGUUGAUAAAGUCAGAGACUUGUCUCAACUAAAGCAACUACAUGAUUCUUUAUUGCAUCAAUUAAACACUGGAUUGAAAAUCAAUAAAAUCGUAUCAAACCAGCUACAGGAUAAAGUCAAAGAAAAAAGACAACUUUGGGUACGUAAUCAGUUGCUUAUUGAUGCCAAUUUACAAAUUGGAUUGCCUGCCGAGGCAGACUCUGUACCGCAAAGAGUAAUGCAAGAUAAAUUCGAUGAGGAACUAUUGCGUGGGUGA